AGAAGGUGUAAAAAGAUAAAAAAAAACACAGACAACACAACAAGACAAGACGCCCCAAGGAGCACCAUCGCAUUGGAUUGCAAUUUGUGCUGGCCCAGCAACCAACUGAAACAACAAGCCCCCCAAUCAGAGAUCACAGACUAGCUGCCCCACAUCUGGACCAUGGUGGACUACUACAAAGUUUUGGAUGUGCCGCGCACAGCCACCGACAGUGAAGUGAAGAAAGCAUAUCGCAAACUAGCAUUGAAAUGGCAUCCAGACAAAAACCCCGACAACCUGGACGAGGCCAACAAACGCUUCCGCGAACUAUCCGAAGCCUACGAAGUCCUGUCCGACGCCCGUAAGCGCAGGAUCUACGACUCCCGGGCCACUCUCCACAAGUCCUCGGCAAGCAGCAGCAGCAACAGCAGCUCCUACUCCCGCUACCGCAGCGGAGGAACCACCGGCUAUGGUCGGGACUACGAUUACGACUACUACCCGGGCUCUGGAUAUGGGUCUGGGUCUGGGUCCGGACGACGGUCCGGCAACCGCUACCAAGCCUUCACCUUCCGUAACCUCUUCGAGGGGACACCGUUUCACAAGGUCUUCGAGAAGAAACGUCGUAUCUACGAUGAGUACGGCAAGGAUGGACUGGGAGACCGUGGUCAGAGCCGCUCGCACACCCGCCACCACUACAACACCCACGACUUUGACGACUUCGACAUAAUGGGUGGCUUUCCGUUCGUCUUCCGACCCCCCGAGGAGGUCUUUCGUGAGUUCUUCGGCGUGAACUCGCCCUUUGCCGAUUUCUUCAGGGAUGCCAAUGGAUACUCGAACGGCAGCACGAGUGGAUCGAGCAGCAGUCGACGCCAUGGCGGCACCAGUGGCGGCAUAGGAGCCUCCCGCCACCACCAUCACCACCAGCACAAAUUGGCCAAUCCGUUUGGAGCACCCAUGCUCAACUACUCGAUGAUGGACUUCUUCAUGCCCACCAGCGGCUUCACCUCGUUCUCGUCCAUGACCAGCAGCAAUGGCAGCAGCGGCGUCACCCACAUCUCUGGAGGGCCCAGUGCGGGCGUCAAGCGCACCUCCACCUCAACGGUGUUCGUCAAUGGCAAGAAACUGAUGACCAAAAAGGUCGUCGAAAAUGGCAAGGAAACUGUCUUUUCAUACGAAAAUGAUGUCCUUAAAUCAAAGACUGUGAACGGAGUUUCCCAAAAGCUCUCUUCAAUAGCUAAUUAAUCAAGAAAACUUACGCAUAAUAUCGAUAUGAGCAACAGCAACAGUAACAUCAACAAAAACCAACAAAGAAAAGUCAUAAAUGUAAAGGAAAACAUUAACAAACCAAUAGCAACUCGGAUUUCUUGAAGAAUGCUUCGAUAAAUGAUACGUUAAACCCCUUGUUCUACAUUAGAAUCUAGUUACUUUUAAUGGAAAGAGCGGUAGCAGUAGCGGUAUCGAGGAGGAGUAGCACUAAUGGAGCAGCAGCAGCAGAAGGAACCAGCAAGUAAUGGACCAACAAAAGCUUAGAACCACCAUCCAGAGCAAGCGCAGCGGCAGCAGGGAACGACAUUAAUAAUGCACACCAAACCACAUCAAAAUUCCUUGUUAUGGCAAAUUAUUUUAGAGCGAUUUUAUUCGAAAACAAAACAAGACGCCUAAAAAUUAUAUAAAUACUAUAAAUAGUUGCGGUGGAAAUUAAUAAAGACAGCGCCGACCACUAAGAAAAGCCACUAGGAAAUCCAAUCCAGAAAGGCUUGGGGCGGGGGCACGGUCGUGUUGGGAGCCAAUCUUGAGAGCUGUUCAUAGCCUGUUCGUGAAUAUCCUUGGGGGAGUAAAUAUGUAUUUUUCAUUGUAUGUAUGUAGUUAUCUUUCUACCAUUAGUCACUUAAGUUGCCACAAUACUUACUAGGAAGCGAUAAAGUUUAAAUCAUUUGUAAUCAUGCGAGUAGGGAAUUGAGAACGGCGUGAUUGUCACUUGCUUGAAAUGUAAAAACUAUCAAAUAAAAUAUACAACAUACUAUAUAAUUCAAAACGACAUUAAAUGUUUAUACAUAUUUGAUAACCUAAACUUUUAAUAUUUUUAAUGCCGUAUCCUAGCGUUUAGUCGUUUUUUAAAUGCUUAAGACUAUUCUCACAUAACCUGCAGCCGAAUCGGAGAAGAAACAUAAACAAAUUAUCUAACAUAAUCGCCCCUAAUUUAAUACCUUGUUUUAGUAGCGCCUGCAUAAUGAAAAUAAAUGAAAAACAAAACCAACAAAAAUAAGAAUAUAAAAUCCAAUGCAAAAAAAUAAUA